CGAAAACGGCUUCCGCUGCCCCUUUCAUCCCACUGUUCCAUUACCGAAUGAGGACAUAGCCAGUAGCCCACAUGAGAAUUCACAGAAUAAAAUCCCUAAUCUCCAAGUUCACCCUGAAUUGGACUGACAACUCCGAGAAUUCCCAGUCGACGGCAGCUAGCGGGCGCUCAAAGCUUCGGUCUUCUGACUUCCAUCGGUGCAAGCUGCCUUCGAAAUUUCACGGGAAAUCUGUAAUUUGUAUGCUCUAUGUAUCUAUCAAACCUCUUUACCUCAAUAUGAUUGCGGUUGGAUUGCGGGUGGCAUAAUUUCUGUUCAUGGAGCUAAUUGCUAUGUUUUAGCCUUUAGGAUGAUUUUGUCCAAUGCGGUUGCUCUUUGCUCUUAAACAUUAUUGGGAACAUUGUUGUUUUUGCUCACAUGCUGCUUCAGUUGGGCGAGAAGGGAGAUUUCCAAUAAAGAUUGUGAGGCAAUGGGUUGGUCAGAAAAGGAUUUCUGUAUAAAAUGUGAUGAAGGAGGGAACGUGUUGAUCUGCAGAGAUAGUAGAUGUCCCAUUGUUGUUCAUGAGAAGUGCCUUGGAUUUCCAGCUAAAUUUGAUGAAAUGGGCAGGUUUUAUUGCCCAUAUUGCGUGUAUAGGCGAGCCAUUGAAGAAGCGCAUCAAGCAAGGGAAAAGGCUUUGUCAAAAAAGAAAGCUUUAUCAAAAUUCUUGGACACAAAAAUGACAAAUGGGGACUGGCAAACACAAAAAACUGAAAUAUCAAAACGGAAGGAGUUAAGUCAGUUACCAGGUGUAGAUAGCACAGGUAGCUUGAAUAGUGGGUGUAGACCAGACAAGAUCAAUGUCCAUAAUCAUACUGCUCGACUUGUGGAAGACCAAAAUGAAGGCAGAUUUGCUCCUGAAUGUAGCAGACUUGUUUUGCUAUCUAAAGAAACUGGUGAAUCUAUUCGUGGUGAUCAAAAUGAUGUUUUGUGUAGUAACACAGGUGAUAUUGGAGGAUCAAGUGAUUGCAAUUGCCGCAUUGUUGUGGUUGGGCAUCGAACUGAGUCAGGACCUAUAGUUGCCUCUGGUAAUGAAUGUGUAUCUUCUGACAGAGAGGAGACAAUAAAACGGUUUGAAAUGGUGGAAAUUGGGAAUAAGGUUCAAUUACAUUCUCAAUGGCAACAAGAUGAUUUACGUGGUAAAGUUGUUGAAGAUCAGCUAGAUGACAAAAACUUGAGGGAGUCCCCUGCAGUAGAAAAUCGCGGAAUGGAAAACCAUCUCUCUCCUGAAGCCAAAAGGGUUGGCAAAGAUGGAGAUAUGUUGCGCGAAUAUGAUGGCAGACUUGCUGGUGAAGAAGUAGAGAAGGAAAAGGUGCUAGAAAGUCCUGCAAUUUCACCCAGUCACUCUGCAUUGGAGAUGCAUUUACAGGAGAAAAGAGCCGGUCAAACUAGUGAUUCAAUAUGCAAAGACUCCAAUGCUGCAUCAACUGGCAAGGCUUCUAAACAAAAUGAUAAAAGAAAAGAAGAAAAUGCAGAAGCUACUUGCUUCAGGAAAUUGUCUCGAAAUUCAGCUUCACAUCACAGAGCUAGUUUAGAUCAGUUUGAGAAGAUUCAUGCAUGCGGCAAGUUGAGAAAACUUAACAAACCUGCACCUCAAUGCUCCAUGAUCUUGUGUCCCAAUGCAAGGCGUAAAAGUUUACCAUGGACAGAUGCAGAGGAGGAGAUGCUCAAGGAAGGAGUUGAAAAAUUCUCAACUGACAGGAACAAGAAUAUACCUUGGAGGAAAAUACUGGAAUUUGGCCGGCAUGUCUUUGAUGGUAGUCGUACACCAGUUGAUCUCAAGGAUAAAUGGAGGAACAUAUUGGGCAAAGUAAGAUAAAUGGUUAAAAGGGAAGCAACCUGUGAUUGAGUAACAAGUAGAUCAAGAAUGGCUCUGGGCACAUGUUUGCUUAGACGUCCUUAAAAGUUAGGUAUGUUGGAAAGUCUUGCAACUUCCAAAUGCUAGUCAACACAUAAAUCAGCAAUAAUAACAUGUUUCAGCAAAUUUUUUGCGCAGGUAACUUCAUGCAUCCUAUCAAUGUCAGAGGAUAUGACACUUUUUGCGACAAAGUCAAUAAAUGCUGCAUGGAGAAAACUGAAUCUGGAGGCAGCUGAGAUUGACUGAUUCCUUGUGUUAAUAAAUCACUUGAUGAUUAGCAGUGCUUGAAGAGACACUUCGAAAUUCAUGAACUUAUGAAGAUAGCUCUUCUUUCCUCUAAGUGUAUGGCAUGCUGAGAAAACAAGAAAAGGAUGAGAAAAUUUUGUAAGUUUGCUGCUACUUAUUUUCUGAUUAUAACUUUUGUUAUGAUGUCAAUGAACUCUGAGCGUCUACUUGGUGAAGCAAGAUCAGCCAGCAUCUUGGCAAUUCAAGGAACUCUUGCCCACCCUCGCAUAGCAAGGGAAGGUCCAGGAUGCGCUAAUCCUGCUCCAUUACCAAAUGUCGACCAUCAUGUGAAUGGAUAAGAUGUUAGCAAAACGCCAGAUUGCAACCAUUCUUCUCUUUUUCUUUCUUUUGGGGGAGGGGGCGGGGUUGUUGGUGUAAAGGCUCCAUUUUCAAUCUUGAAAGUCUCUGUAAGGUUCGGCAGGGAAUGGUUCCUGGAGAAAACACUCCUGCAGAACUCAAAAAAUUGUAUACGUCCCCCUUUUUCAACUCUGUUGUGCAUUUUCCUGGAGAGUACAUAGUCGUCCACACACCCUCAAUCGUUCAGUUUGUCGAUUUAAUCAGACUUGUUAGUUGAUAC